CAUCGCCGGCCCCUAUCAGGACACAGGCAAUUUUGCAAUCUUGGACACUAUUUAUGUGCUGUUGGAGUUUAAACUUUGCCACUCGGGUCAGGGCAUCGCAGAGGAGGAGGUGGCCAGGCUCUGUGUCCCGCACACCGAAGGAGUUCAGAGGCCAGGACGGAUCUGAGGGCUUCCCACUGGAGCUGGGAUCUCACACAGCCAUGGCCUCCACUGUGAGUGGCCUUGACAGCAUCGACCUGCUGGAUCUCCUCUUUGAUCGCCAGGAUGGAAUCCUCCGUGGUGUGGAGCUGGGGACGACAUCUCCAGGCACCUGGCACGAGGAUGGGCGUGCCCAGGAUGGCGAGGACUUCCUUAGCUCCAUUCUGGGCUCUGGAGACUCGAUAUCAGACUCGCCCAGCUGGUCCCCAGGUGUCAGUGACAGUGGAGGCUCUGAGGACCCCCCCUCUGAUCAACUCGACAGCCCCCCCGGGUGCUGUGACGGAGGGCUCAGCGAGGCCCCAUACGCCUUUACCAACUCCUGCCAGGUUCUGACACACCCUGGGGGCACUGGAGGCCCCCACCCUGACGUCUCCAUUGACCUGGAUAUGUGGAAUCCUGGCUUCUUCCUGGAGGAGGGCCGGGGUCUGUCGACAGUCCCUGCGCCUGCAUCCUGUACCCUCACUGUCAAGGAUCUGCUGCUCUCAGGCAGCUCUGAUGCUGCAUGGGGUGAGCCUGCAGCCCAGGACCAUCACCCAUCCACGGUCCCACAGCAGCCACAGGUGCCCAACUCCCUACUGACGCAGGGCCAGGGGCAGUUCCAGGAGCUCGUGCUGACAGAGGAUGAGAAGAAACUGCUGGCAAAGGAGGGGGUGUCCCUGCCCACGCAGCUGCCCCUCACCAAGUAUGAGGAGCGAGUGCUGAAGAAGAUCCGGAGGAAGAUCAGAAACAAGCAGUCAGCUCAAGAGAGUCGCAAGAAGAAGAAGGAAUAUAUCGACGGGCUGGAGAGUCGGAUGUCAGCAUGCACGGCUCAAAACCAGGAGCUGCAGAGGAAAGUCCUGCACCUAGAGAAGCAGAACUCGUCUCUCCUGGAGCAGCUGAAGAAGCUGCAGGCCCUGGUGGUGCAGUCGAGCAACAAAGCAGCACAGACAGGAACCUGCAUUGCGGUCCUGCUGCUCUCCUUCGCACUCAUUGUCUUCCCCUCCAUCAGCCCUUUUGCCCAUAGCAAGGCUGAGACAGGUGGUGACUUCGGACCAGUGCGAGUUUUCUCCAGGUCCCUGCAUAACAUAGCUGCCUCCCGUGUGGCUUAUGCACAGCCCCGAGCUGGGGAUGAGAAGCCCCCAGAGCCACUGUGGUCAAAGCACCAGGGUGAAACCGAGACACUGCACAAAGCCUUUGGUAGCAGCUCCUUCACUCCACACCUCGAUAAAGCUUCCACCCAGAACAGCACACCACCAAUUGCCUCAGAGGGGCUGAGCCAGAGCGAUGGGGACCAAUCUGGCACUGCACUGGGGGACAGCACUGCACUGCACCAAAGCCUGACGUCACUCGCUUGGACAGAAACUGACCACAGCAGGCCCACAGUGCUGGAGCCAGCUGAGGAGCUUUAAGCAGCACCGAAGAACUGCAGGGGACACAGUAGGGUUCAGCACCCCAACACCUAUAGGACAGACCCAUGGGGUCCCUCUCCAGACAUGGACGGAUGCUAGAGACCAACUUGGCUUUGCUUCUAUCUGCGAACUGGGAAGAGGAGACUAGUUCCUAUUGGCCUUACCAGGAGGAAAGGAAGGGGCUGCCCCUGCCUGCUGGAUACAGCAGGAGCUGGGGAAGAGGCAUGGGUUUGGUCAAGAAGGGAAUGGGGGUACCAGAGGAGGCCUGGUCUGGCUGGAUGUUGACAUUGCAGCUUGGUGGUUUUGUUCUCUUUUU